CGGCUGGGACGCGACGGGAGGCUACGCCCAGCCGGGCGGAACGGGGCGGCCAUGGCGGCGGCGGCGGGACGGGGCAGCGGGACCGGGACCGGGGCCGGGGCCGGGGCCGGGGCCGGGGCCGGGGCCGUGCCCGUGCCCGUGCCCGUGGCCGUGCCCGUGCCCGUGCCCGCCGCCACCCGCCUGCAGGCCUAUGCCUGGUGCCGGGAGUUCCUCGCCGGGUCUUGGAAGCUCAUCGGGCCCGAAGAGUUCGGUAUCGAGCCUGUCAGCGGGGGGCUCAGCAACCUGCUGUUCAAGUGCGCGCUGCCGGAGCACAUCCUGAGCGUGGGGGACGAGCCCCGGCAGGUGCUGCUGCGCGUCUACGGGGCCAUCCUGCAGGGCGUGGACUCGCUGGUGCUGGAGAGCGUGAUGUUCGCCAUCCUGGCCGAGCGGGCGCUGGGGCCACGGCUCUACGGGGUCUUCCCCCAGGGGAGGCUGGAGCAGUACAUUCCGAGCCGGCGCCUGUGGACCGAGGACCUGCGGGACCCCGACAUCUCCAAGGAGAUUGCGGUGAAGAUGUCCCGGUUCCAUGGCAUGGUGAUGCCCUUCAACAAGGAGCCCAAGUGGCUGUUUGGGACCAUGGAGCGGUACCUGAAGCAGAUUUCGGAGCUCACCUUCCCCGAGGAAGGGCAGCUAAAGAAGUUCAACCACCUCAAGACUUAUAACCUGGGGGAGGAGAUGAAGAGCCUCAGGGAGCUGCUGGAGUCCACCCCCUCGCCGGUGGUCUUCUGCCACAACGAUGUCCAGGAGGGGAACAUCCUGCUGCUGGCUGGGCACGAGGCUUCAUCCUCUGACAAGCUCAUGCUCAUCGACUUCGAGUACAGCAGCUACAACUACCGGGGCUUCGACAUCGGCAACCACUUCUGCGAGUGGGUUUACAACUACACCCACGACUCCUGGCCCUUCUUCAAGGCUUCCCCAGAACACUACCCCAGCCGGCAGCAGCAGCUGCAUUUCAUUCGGCACUACCUCUGGGAGGACUCGGGGCGACGUGGGGACACCACGCACGAGGAGCAGGCCCGCAUCGAGGAGGAGAUGCUCACGGAGAUCAACCGGUUCGCUCUGGCCUCCCACUUCUUCUGGGGCCUGUGGUCCAUUCUGCAGGCAAAGAUCUCCACCAUCGAGUUCGGGUACCUGGACUAUGCACAGAGCCGCUUCGAGGCCUACUUCCAGCACAAGGCGCAGUGCUCCUGAGCGACCGCCCAGCCCUGCCUGCGCCCACCUCCGCUUCGCAGCCCCCCACCCCCCCCAGCAGCGCCCAUGCCGUGGGGCAGCCCAGGGGCACGGUGUCCCCCCAGGGUGGGCUGCCCCCCCGUGCUGCGAGGGGUGUGCUGCCCGGGUGGGGGCUGUAACGGUUCAGGUGCUCCCCAGGACUGUGCAGCGAUGCAGGGAGAGAGGUGGGUCUGCCCCGGCGUGUGCCCCCUGGACGAGGGGACGUCCUGUCACGGAGAGGUGGCACGUCGGCCAUGUCUUUGCUGCAGCUCCUGCAGACACGGCCCCAGGCAGAGCAGGGAGGCUGCUGGCCCGCGCGGUGCUGCCUGCGGCACGUCCCCCCAUGGCAGCGUGUCCCUCACCUCUGCGCCGUUGGCACUGAGCAGGGCUUGAGCUGCGGGUCCCGGCUGGUGGGAGCCCCCGGCCCUGGCCAGCAGCAGGGAGCUGGUGCAGCCUGGAGCCAGGUGGGGCGGGUGGCUGGGCUGUCCUGCCUGUCCCCUGCACCCUCCUGCCUGUCCCCUGCACCCUCCUGCCUGCAGCUGGGGCCCUGCCUGCAGCAGGGUCUAGGCAGAGCUGCCGAGGUCCAAGGGCUCUGCUGGGGGCAGAGGGGUGUGGGGGCCCUGCUCUUGCGUUUCAUUCCCCCCCAUGCCCCUCCCCAGGCCCCUGGGGCCAGGCCCUGUGCCGGGCUGCCUUCCCUGCGGCUCUCAGCUGCGCCGCGUCGCUGCUUGGCUGGGCCGGGGGCCGGGGGCCGGGGGCCGCUCCUCCCCUCCCCUCCCGACAGCAGAAUGUAAACCGUCCCCAGACCAAUAAACGCUGCGGUGGUGCACGGCU